GCGCUUCCGGCGGCCGAACAAUGCGGUUCCGAGUCGCCGUCCUGGGCUGCGGCGGCGGCUGUAGGUCCCGGCGGGCUGGCGGGGCAAGGGCGGCGGCCCCGGAGCGGGGGCCGGAACGGGCCGCGGCUCCCGCGCUCCCCGCCGCCGCCGCCUGUGCCGCGGGCCGCGUUCGGCGGGCGGCUCGGCCCGGCCGGGGCCGCGGCGGGUCGCGGGGCCGCCCCGGGGGCGCGGCUGGCGGCCGGGCCCGGCCUGGCGCUGGGGCGGCGCGGCCCCAGGCCCGGGCGGCGGCUCACGGCGGCUCUCCUCCCCUCUCUAGGUCCGUAGCCGGAAGCCGCGGCGGGCGCUGCGGUGGGAGCGGCCGCGGGUGCCAGCGGGGGGACGCGGCCCGGCGCUACAGGUGUGCCAAAAUGUCAGAAAGAUCAGAUAUUCUUCACUUCAAGUUUGACAAUUAUGGAGAUUCAAUGUUACAGAAAAUGAACAAACUGAGGGAAGAAAACAAAUUUUGUGAUGUUGUGGUCCAUAUAGACGACAUUGAAGUUUAUGGGCAUAAAAUUGUCUUUGCUGCUGGCUCUCCCUUUUUAAGAGAUCAGUUCUUACUAAAUGACUCCAGAGAUGUGAAAAUCUCCAUCCUGCAGAGUUCAGAAGUGGGGAGGCAGCUGCUUCUGUCCUGCUACAGCGGCGUUCUGGAGUUUCCUGAAAUGGAACUGGUGAACUACCUGACGGCCGCAAGCUUUCUGCAGAUGAGCCACAUUGUCGAACGAUGUACACAGGCCCUCUGGAAGUUUAUAAAGCCGAAGCAGCCGUUGGAGAGCAAGGAGUGUGAACAGCAGAGUGACUCCUCUGAGCUGAAGGAACAUCAAGGAGAUGACGACUCUCUGCAGCAAGAUUCACCCUGUAUCCAGCCUUCAGAAGACAGCAUGGACAUGGAGGACAGCGAUAUUCAGAUCAUCAAGGUGGAGUCCAUCGGGGAGGUAACAGAAGUCAGGAAUAAGAAGGAUCAAAACCAGUUUAUUUCUCCUGAACAAACUGCGCUGCAUUCCUCAGAGCCUCAACACUUUCUUAUCAACUCCACUGUUGAAAACAGAGCAAGUGAAAUAGAGCAAAACCACCUCCACAAUUACGCCCUUUCCUAUGCUGGCAGCGAUAACAUCAUUCUGGCCUCUAAAGAUAUGUUUGGGCCUAACAACCGCGGUAUAGACAAAGGUCUCCAGUGGCAUCAUCAGUGUCCAAAGUGCACAAGAGUAUUUCGGCAUCUGGAAAACUACGCUAAUCACUUAAAGAUGCAUAAACUGUUUAUGUGUCUGCUCUGUGGCAAGACGUUCACUCAGAAAGGCAAUCUCCACCGGCACAUGAGAGUGCACGCAGGCAUCAAACCCUUCCAAUGUAAGAUCUGUGGGAAAACGUUCUCUCAGAAAUGUUCCUUACAGGACCACCUCAACCUGCACAGCGGGGACAAACCCCAUAAGUGUAACUACUGUGACAUGGUCUUUGCGCAUAAACCCGUUCUGAGGAAACAUCUUAAACAGCUACAUGGUAAAAACAGCUUUGACAAUGCCAAUGAAAGAAACGUUCAAGACAUAACAGUGGACUUCGAUUCAUUCACAUGUAGCGCUGCUGCAGACAGUAAGGUCUGUCAGCAAGCUGAUGCAAGCCAGGUGCUGGAUGCAGGGAAGCUGCCUCAGGCUGUGCUCAGUUUAAGAAAUGAUAGUACCUGCGUCAAUUAAGCAAUUAGAACCAGCCCUUUGAAGGGAUCGUGACUGAGGGGAGCAAACAGUUGGUUUGGGCUCUUACCUAAACUAGUGGUAUGCCCUGAAAGGCUACGGAUGGAUGGCAGGUUGGAUUGCAAAACCUGGCAGGUCUUCAGCCGUCAUUCUUAGUCUUACUUGAUAUUUUGUGUGAACAGCAAUCUUCCUUCAGGUUUCUGUCUGUGUCUCUACUGUGGAUUACGGGGUUAAUUGUUUCAUUUCUCUCUGAUUAGGAGACUCAAGACUAACACGUUUUGAAAGGCUCUUGCUCUGCGCUGCAAGUGAAACCAUCUGCUGUACAGUUAGAGGCCUCUGCCUGGGCAGAUGGAGGAAAGAGCAAAGCGGACAAGUCUGUGAAAUAACCCUUUUUUUGUUUUAAGCACUGGAUAACUGAAAGCACUCCAUGCAGUUAAAUUUAAACUUACCUCUUAAAAUUAUUUUUCUCCGAUCUUACCCGUAGACACCUACAGUUGAAAUGAAGUAUUUUUUUUUGUCGCCUUUUUGCCCUUUCUAAACUAUUUCAAGAAACUUCUGCUGCCAGUCAAUGCUAUCUUAAAAGCUCUCAGGGUUUUUAACCUCAACAUGCGUUAUAAAAAGAUAAAACCCUAAAUGAUUUGGCAGGGUUAGCUGGUCAUUGCAUAGAACUGUUCAAAAUGAGAAUAAAUUUCAGUUCUGGAAGGUGAGAGGCCGGUGCCUGGAGUGCAAGUAUGACCUGUUUCUUAUGCUGUCAUACGUAGGAUUUUUAAAGGGCACGUACCAGUGUGUGUAGUGAGACAAGCUAAACACUUCAAAACUAAAAAUUAUCAUCCAUCUCCCGUAAAUUUUGCAUCACAUAAGCCACAACAGUUGUUGGUUUGUGAGCAAAGCUGGAGUGGAGAAAUACUGCUUUCUGACACUGUGAAAAGAAUCUGAUUUAAAAGCUGCAAUAUAAAACAACUCCACGCUUUUCCUUCCCCCCCCACCCUUAGUUCUCCUGUAUCUCUCCUUGAUCACUAAUAAGGGCCACAUGUCAGUUAACUUGACAAAAAGAAACAAAUACCCACCAUCAGAACAUUAACAACAUAAAGUUUUUUGAAUUCUUAGACAUUCAAAGAACACUUUUUUUAAGUGACGUGCAUAGUUCAUGACCUUUAGUGUUUUACAGAGCCCAGGAUGAGGUAUAGGUAGCACAAUUUCCGUAGGUUAAUGUAUCAGCUAUAGACUGUACUCAGCAAUACCUCUUGUAUACCGCCUUAAACAUCAAAUGUAGCGGGAAUGGCUUGUUAAUUGGGAUUCUGUGAUUAUUGCUUCUCAAAAGUGCCGUGGAAUUAUCCGCAUCCCAGUCGGGCUGAAAGAAACUAAUUUCUCUGAGGAACACCAUUCCCAGUAGAACAGCACUCGUAUUACGUUGAAGUGUAGCAUAAACUAAUAAUCAAAUGGCUGAUCCUAUGUAGAGAACUGCUGUUCGUAUUUGGAGUAAGUAUUUCUUCCAGUGCAGCUCUUUUCCACAAGGUUUGCCAUGAGGCUGAGAUUAUGCUUCCUACUGACAAGUAGUCCUGUUUGUGUGUUUGAAUGAGGGGCAGGGGUGAAAGGCUGCUAUUGUAUGGUUAAAAAUGCUAAACAGGUAUGACCAAAGGUGUGUUAGAGCAAAAAAUGGUUUGUAUGUCAUUAUCAAAAGUUGGUCUUGAUCUUCAGAUACGUGUGUGUAGAAGCCAGGAUUUCCAUAUGCAGACAUUACACUGAUGGACGUUAAAAAGCGUUAAUGUUGCAGAACGUUUUCAGAAAUCCACGUAGGUUCAAGUAGAAAAGCAAAGUGAUUCUGUGAAUCAGUUCUUGCAAUUGAGUUCUUAAACUACUGUACUUGACUGUUACAUGAACUAUUACAUGGACAGCUAUGAAGCAAUGGAAAUGAAGUCAGGGCAUUACAUUUUUCAAGUUGUAGCAAACAUAUUUAGGCCUAAAAUCUAAGCAAACGUAUUUAGGCCUAAAAUCUAACUAUUUGAAACUUAUUAAAAUUAUUGUUCAGGUUCCUGGGACAGACAAUAGGUUUGUAUGGGAAGAAAAACUGUUUUUCCUCUUAAAGCAACCUGCUUUUAGAAUUGUUCUGAGCUAAACCAGACUGUGAUGGUUGCAUCUGACACUUGUGUUUUGUCUUCAGGCAGAAUCUUCUGUAUUAUUCAAACAUUUUGAUAAUAUAUUAUUCACUAUAUGGAAAUAAGUUAUAGCACUAACAUAAAAAUGAAGAUAGACAUGGAGAAUAAGAGCUUGCAAAGCCAGGUCAACAUGCUGUAAGAGACUAGUGAACAGGCUAACCAGAUAUGCAUAUGGACAUGAUAAAGGAAAUGGUCUUCUGCCAGAAAAAGGAAUAAAACUGUACAAAUGGUAGAAAAAGCGGCAGCAAAAUGGACAGUGUUGAGAGCUUUUUCUAUCUGGAAAGUUUUUUGUGUGGAAUUAUGAAGUUGUAAUGUUACUGCAAGGAGAAUACAGCUUGAUGAAGUAGCCAUGGGUGACCUGAAGCUGGUAUGAAGAGACAAAGGUUUACCUAACAAAUUGUUUGGUCAAGAUGUAGAGGUGUUCAGUCCACCCUCUGCUGUGGUGGUGUCGACGUCUGAGAAGGCCGAGACUGCUGGCUGUUCAGUUCAAAGGCUGCUUGUGGUCAUUCGGUGAGACCACAGCAGAAGUAAAUAGGAAAAUGCAGAAAGGUACAAGACUGCUUCUCCAAUGAAAAUGGACGCAUCCGCGGGAUGAAAAGUGACUUCUUGCCGAUGUCUGUGCUUUGGGCCUGGAGAAAGGGUGCAGACCAAGAGAUGCGCUCAGGAGGUGGCUGCGUGGCUCCAGAACACUGGAGGUCUAGGAGGGCAAUGUACAGAUGGCAAGGUGCAAAGUGCACUGGUGGUAGAGUUCAUCUGACAUUUGCCCCUAUAUGGAACAGACAAGUGAAGAGCAUAGAUGAGGCAUUAGAAAAGAAAAACCUGGCUAAUGCUGCUUCUCGGAAUUACAGGUUAAAAUGGAGUGAGAAUUAUUAUAAAUGGAAUAUACAGAGGCAGCUCGAUUAUUGAAUAAGAUGAACUUAAUUGUCCAUGUAUGUACAAUGUUUUCAUUUCAAUGUUCCGAUUAGUGAAAGACUAGACCCAUUGGUUGUUGCUACUGAUGCCGCGUAUUCAGACGAGGACUACAGCAGUUGUCAUAAUCUGUGUGUUCAUGCGUAGAAUACUAUUUGCUGGUAAGUGGAUAGUCUCACAGUGUGCUGUACAACUUCCUGCAUAUCCUAAAAACAACUGAAGUCUAUUACAAAAAUAUUUUAAUAACUCCUUGAAUAUAUUAGGAUUUUUUUUAUGUUGGCAUUUUAUUUAUUUUUUAUAUAUAUAGAAGCAAAUGUUAGAGCUCUUAGGUUUCCCAGAGCUUGAGGCUCACUACUCGUCUGAGUGGUGGUAGAUUGUGCAGCACGUGGAUGGCGCAGCUGCACAGUCUCCUGUGUAGAUCAGGGAUGAGGCUUUCUUUAAUUUAUUUUUCUUUUAGAAGACAUAUUUUGCAGGUUAGUAACUGAUAAAAUUGAAGUGUCAGUCUUGUUCUCCACUAGCUUUUUGGCAAAACUUAGAUAGCUGCGACUGAACUUUUGUGGAAACAAUUUCAAAAUUGUGUGGGGCUGAUUUUGGUUCUGGAGUCAUUGGGAGGAGUAAAAGCGAGGAGGGAGAAUCAAAAUGUGGUACAUACUGAAACUGUUGAAUUCUGAAGUCAUGGUAAAUGUUGAUUUUUCAUAAAGGGGGGGGAAAUAGUCGGCCCUCCUGACUUGAUAAGGGUUGAGAAGGCAGAAUGGACGUUUUUCCUUGGAGAUUGUAUAACCGACGGACUGAGCAUUAGCUACCUCUUCAGUGACUGGGCAAAACUCUGAUCCUACGUGUUGUAACCAAAGCAGGCGGGUCGGUGGCUGGCGGAGCAGCUUCCCCCGGGGCCGGGGCCGAGCCAGCUGCCCGGCCCGGCGCUGCGCCGUCCCCUCAGCCUGUUCUCGCUGGCGGGGCGAGGAGCAGCCCCGGGGCAGCUCCUCUCCGAGAUGCCUUACGGGGCCGGCGGCUCGGGGCGUCCCGGGCCGAUACGUUGCUACCUCUACCGGACGUUUGGCGAGGCGCGCCCCGGUGUCGGUGCGGCGGUCCCGGCGGCAGCCGCUGUAGCAGUGCCAAGUCUUACAAUAAACGUGCUGCUAACUCUGUG